AUGAGCAUCAUCACUCUUAUACCAAGUGGGCUCCAGAUCCACCAAGAAUUUGGUGGAGGUCAGGUGCUUCACGAUUUCAAUUACUACUCAAUUGCGCCGAAACAGAGAAAGCUACCAACAAAAAUGGAGGCCCUGAUCCAACAGCUUUGCAUCCUGAGUCUUUUUGCCGACUUUUAUAAGCCAGAGGGACGAAACAAGAAUAAAAACCAACAGGUGGCUACCAAGGUUCAAGACGAAGUUUUACCCUUACCCUCCAAAUGCCAAAUUAGUGCCGCUACCCGACACUUUGACAUUGGAGCCAAUGGCGCCCCCAACGCCGUGGUAUUAUUUCCGGGGAACUACAGACACUACCGCUGGCGGUUUCUCCACUGUCUCACACUGGAAUCGUAUGGUUCUGAGCCGCCGAGCUUCGGAUGCAAGAGGGUUGGUUCGCCAGCCUCUGGAAAUCAAUCUGGUGAAAAGAAACAGCGAUCUAACAGGGAAAAUAAUGACCGGAAUGAUGGCAAAGGCAACAAGGGAAAUGGACAAGGCCCAGGCAAAAAGAAAAGAGGCUUUGGCCCCCAACAGCCUUUUAUCAAGAAGCUUGCUUGUCUAUUCUUCAAGCUGGAUCCUCAAAAAUAUCAAUGCUGCGCUGGAUACAACCUCACCAAGUGGGAUCAUGUUUUGCAACACCUCAAGCGAAUACAUCUUAUCCAAGGAGAGCAUUGCCCCAACUGCCGAAAAGAAUUUGAGGGCCAGUUCGCUGAGGCUGAAAAAAAUGCACAUAUUCUCCAAGAUGCUUGUGAGAAGAAAACCCCCUUAGAAACUGGACUGCUUCUUGAAGAGGAGUAUAACGAUCUCACCGGCCUACAUGGUUCUCAUGAAGAAAAGUGGUAUAAGGCAUGGAAAAAGCUCUUUGGAGAACACCCAGCUCCCUAUUCACCGUUCAUUGAAACUCUGGAGUCUAUGCUGGAAGUGCAGUACAGCACUCUGGAGAGAGAACUGCCGAGUCUUUUACAGUCAUUCCUCCGCGAUGCGAUGGUUAGGCCGGAUGGUGAUAGUACCUCAGCUACUACCAACGCUAUACUGAGGCUGAUACGGAAUCCAGUUCCUACUUCCAGUUCCAUUGUACACGGAGAACCUCAGGCUGGGUUAGCACCUUCGACACUGGGACAAUUACCGGAGGUCCAUGACAUGCCACCCAGCCAUGAUCCAGAGCCUUCGCCCAAUACUGGGGAGUCUUUUAGGCCCAGCACUGGCGAUAUUUAUGCUCAACGAGACAUAUCAACAAUGGAAACUAGACCUUUUGCGUCACAGGACAUAUUGGACGAACUACUUUGGCCCCAGCCCUCGGAAGAAUCUUCGAUUUUCGAUCCUGUGUUCUUUGGUGAGGAUGAAUAUUUUGAUCAGUGGAUUAACUACCUGGGUGACGGACAAUAUUUUGAAGGGCUUGAUAACAGGGGGCAUACUCUAGAAUGA